AUGAGCGGCGAUUCUGGCAACGAGUUCCACGGCGCCAACGACAUUGCUGUUGGGCUCCGCGUCCUAGUCUUUGGAAAGCACGCAGGUAUCGUUCGGUUCGUCCCCGACACGCGUAGCGCAUUGCUCGGGGUCGAGCUUGAUCGCUCGGUGGGGGAUUGCGAUGGCAUUGCUGCAGAUGGACGACAACAUUUCAAGUGCCGCCCGCUGCAUGGAAUAUACGUCCGGGAAGAGAACUUGGCGCCGUACACGGCCGAAGAUGCUGCUGCCGUUCGAAUUCAGUCCGCGUGGCGCCGUCGUAAGACCGUGCUAGCAUUUACGACCGUCGUGCUGUCGUCCAUGUGGAAUAUGCUCGACAACAACCAGGAGCAGCUCAAUAUGAAGCGCGCGGAGAAAACAAAGAGCGCGUCUCAGGCGUUGAGCCUCUUGGCCAAGCAAUCCUCCAAAGGAGAGAUCAAGAUCUCGCACAGCGUGUCAUCCAUCACAGACGACUACUCGGGCCCGCGCCUUGCAUUUCCACUCCGAUUGCACAACGUGCUGGACAUGCUGGAGCAGUUCAAGAAGGGAGUCGUCCUCCACUCCAAAUACGUCAUGGACGUGCUGAGUGAAGCGAAGAAGGUCUUUACGGCACUGCCAACGCUGCAAGAAAUUGCAGUUACUGAAGGCGAAAAGCUCACGGUCGUGGGGGAUAUUCACGGGCAACUGAAGGAUUUAUUUACCAUCUUCACGACGAACGGGCUGCCGUCGGGGAAAAACAAGUACUUGUUCAACGGGGACUUUGUCGAUCGUGGCGCGUACGGCACGGAGGUCAUGAUGACGCUCUUGUGCUUCAAACUGCUCUAUCCCGACGGCGUGUACUUGAACCGUGGGAAUCACGAAUCGCGCAACCAAAACUCGUGGAUGGGGUUUGAGGAAGAGAUUUGGGCAAAGUACGACGGCACCAUGGACGGCGAUCCGUGCCGCGCGAGCACUGUGUACGAUGCGUUCCAGGGUUUGUUCGACUCGCUCCCGCUCUGUGCCCUCGUGCUCAAGAAGAUUUUCGUUGUCCACGGCGGUCUCUUUUCAUGCGACAAUGUCACACUGGCGCACAUCAAGGCCAUCAACCGCAAGCGCGAGCCGCCACUGCACCAAACGGGGUUUGAAGACAAGAUAUAUGAAGAUAUGCUGUGGAGUGAUCCGCGCACGAUCGCGGGACGGCAACCGUCGGAGCGCGGGGCGGGCACAGAAUUCGGCCAUGAAGUGACCAACAACUUUUGUGCGGUGAAUCGUGUGGCGUUGGUCAUUCGAUCCCACGAAUGCGUGCCAGAAGGCUACGACGUUCUGCAUGGAGGGCGGCUCAUCACGUUGUUUUCUGCGUCGCGAUAUUGCGGCACGCAAAUGAACAAAGGCGCGUUCUUGACACUUGGCAGCGACCUGCAGCCCGAGAUCCAGCAAUUUUACGGGAACCCGUUGAAUGAGAGCGAGUGGGAGCGGCCAGAGGACGAACAGGCCAAGAUGCAGGAAAACCUAGAAGGCGACGCGCUUCGCAUGAUUGCCGAGCGCAUUUGCGACCACAAAGCCGACCUUUUUUGGUAUUUUACCCAGCACGAACACGAAUACAAGGGCACAGUGCCCCGACUCGUGUGGGCCGAAGCGCUCAAGAGCAUCCUGGGAAUCGAUCUGCCCUUCCUCCUUUACCAAACGAAACUGGCCGACUCGGAACCCGACAACACGAUCAAUUAUUCCAAGUUCUUGUCCCGCUACCGCAUCGAGAACCCUGCCGUCGACGCAUCUGGAUGGCAAGAAAGCAUCAUCUCGAUCAUUUGCAAAAAGCUGUACCGGGCCAUGGGCGCUGGUAGCAUUGAACAGGCGUUCAAAGUGUUUGACACGGACGACAACGGCACGAUCGAGUACGACGAGUUCAUGAACAUCCUCAAGUCGAUGGAUACGGGGCUGUCGGAUCAACAAAUGUUUGAGCUCAUGCGGACCGCCGACACGAACGACGACGGGCGGCUCGACUUCAAGGAAUUCUUUAGUCGCUUCGAUGUGAUUUUUACCGAUGUGCGCCUGGCCAAUUCGCAGAGCUUCAUUUCACCGCCGCCGGCCCCGACGUCUCUGUCGGCACCGUCCAAGCUCGUGCGCAAAAAGUCUGAACGUGCUGCGCCCCUGACGCCGGCACCAAAGCAAGACGUGGAUAAAGACACGAUGGCGGCGCUGGUCGCGAUCGGCCGCGCAUUUUUCCAACUGGAAGGCACGUUGCUCGACAACUUUCAUCGGUUCGAUACGAACCGCGACGGUGUGCUGCAAAAGGACGAGUUUUUCCAAGCGCUGCGCCACUUGAAUCUGAACUAUCCCGACGAGUUGCUGGCCAAGAUCAUGGAGGCAGUGGACCUGGAUGGCGGCAACACGAUCGACUACAAAGAGUUCUUGGCAGCAUUCACGGUCAAGGACGCGAGCGAACAGGUCGCGCUGGAGAAGGGUGACAUGACGUGGCAACAGUCUGUGCUCCAGCAAGUCUCCAACAUGUUUUACCAGCAUCGCAUCCACAUCCGCGCCGCAUUUCGUCUCUUUGACGUCGACAAUUCAGGGACAAUCUCGAUCGACGAGUUCCGCACAGGCAUCGCCACGUUCAACGCAAUCAUGGACAGCCCCCUCACGGACGAACAGAUCGAUGCGCUCUUGGCCCAUCUCGACUCGGACAGCGAUGGAAUCAUUAGCUACAAAGAGUUCCUCGAGGGAUUCCAAGUCGUCGAUGUGCGUUUACAUGAAUAG